AUGGAAUCCCAACAGAAAAGAUCGUAUGCCACAGCCACAGAACGUCCCACCAAGGAACAAGCCAUCAUAAUUGAGGCUGUUGAUAAAGUACCAAUAGUCGAAUACUGCAAGGAAAUCGUACCUGACAAUAUACUAGGAAAGCAAAAACUAAGUCCAGCAGACCUUGUAGAUAAGGUAACGAUAAUAGAACCUCAAACAUCAACCUCGUCGACUAACAUCCCCGAUGACAAUCAACUAAUGCAACUCGAUGAAUCCCCCGAGUCUCAAAAAACAGCUAACAAACGUUUACACUCUGACACCGAAUCGACCCCCUCUACAGUAGGCAACGAUAAUACACCUUUCAUAACACCAACGGGGACUUUCGGGAUAUCAAAGCGGCUGAUCAAUGUAGAAAGAAAGAAAACAAAGAAAAAUAAAUCCAAUGAAAACUCCAAAGACCCACUAACACUAAACGAACUCGAAAAUGAAAUGACUAAAAAUGCACAUAAAUAUCCACUUUCUUAUCUACAGCUAUGUAACUUCAUGGACAAAGUAAUAAAUAAAGUUCAUCCGAAAACAGCAGCAGCAGACUAUUUGGUAGAACCCACUCAACUAAUUAUCAUGUUAAGAGAUCUCUACGAACGACUACAGAGCCAAAGGGCAAAAUACAGAUUCAGUUCCAUAAUAAAAAAACUUGGGACAAAACUUGCCGAUGACACCGAAUCCGACUACGACUCCCAGGCAUCAGAUGCUAGGCACUUCUGA